AUGGGACAAGGAUUCUAUUCAGUUCGGUUUACAACGGAAAGGGAUUACGAUAGGGCGCUGUACGAGGGCCCUUGGAUGAUCGAGGACCACUAUAUUCUCACUCGUCGGUGGAAGCGGGGUUUUGAUCCCGGAGAGGGGGAUGAUGUCCUAACCAACCUUCUGGUUUGGGUUCGUCUGCCAAAGCUUCCAAUGGACUAUUAUGACUCGGUAAUCUUGCGGGAUGUUGGCAACUCUAUAGGCAAAUACGUCAAGAUGGAUGAGACCACCCGUGCGGCGACGAGGGGUCACUUUGCCCGGAUUUGCGUUGAGGUCGACUUGACAAAGCCGUUGAUUGUCAAAUAUAGGCUGGAGAGGCGUGUCCGAAGACUGGAGUACGAGGGGUUACACAACGUGUGCUUCGGCUGUGGGCGGUUUGGUCACAACGAGGAUGCAUGCCCAAAGAAGGAAAAAUCUGAACCCACUGACGACGACUUCCGACGGGCACAACAAGUCGGGGUGCCGAAGCGAAUUGAGGAGGAGCGCCCUGAGAUCUUCGAGGACUUUGGUCCAUGGAUGUUGGCCUCUAGAAACCGGAGACGUACUGGCACAAAAAAUCAGACUGGCCCGAGGGAACCACAUCGGGGGGAUACACCGGGGAAAGCCCAACCAACGAGCUCGGGCUCUCGUUUCACACUCUUGGAAGACCUGAAUGAUGAGUUCACUGAGCACACAACCGCACAAGUGAUAGUUGAGAAGGAGGGCCUCGACGAAGAGGGAGAUACCGACAUGACCAAAGCGACUGACGAGAUAGAGAACCGUGCUACUCUAACGAGCGAGGGGAUGGGAAAUGAGGAAGUGGUAGCUGAUAGGGCUGAUCGGGGCACGCAAGCUGGAGCGGGAAAGGAACCCAUGGGGAAGAAACAAGUAGGUACGGGGGCCGGGCAGAAGCAUGUGGACACGACCAAGAAGCAAGGGAGCAGUAAGGCUAAGGGCCCAGAGCAGAAGGAGGCCAAAAAGCAGGAGAAAUCCCAGCAGAGAGAGAAAGGGCCUCGACAUCCGUUACCAUCCACACCACCCCAAUCAAAUCGUGCUAAGGCAGCUAGCGAUGGGUCCAAAGGGGUGGCGAGGAGCCUGAACCUCAAUGCAACCCCAGGGCCAGCGAUAACGGGUGUUCUCCCCUCCCCAGCCUCGGGAAAGCAUUUAGCAGGGCAUGAGAUGCGGCGGACUUCAGAGACCGAGAGAGGUCGAGGUGUUGCUGAAGAGAGGCAGGCCACGUCCCUUUUGGACGUGCAUGCAUGCAACGUUUGA